AUGUCUGGCGCCGCGAGUUCUCGAUUUGCAGCGUUUCUCAACCACCCUGCGGGACCGAAAACUGUCUUUUUCUGGGCGCCUUUGAUGAAAUGGUGUUUGGUUGGGGCAGGUCUCAAAGAUCUUGCUCGACCUGCAGACAAACUGAGCGUGUCGCAAAACGUUGCCCUGACGGCCACUGGCUUCAUCUGGGUCCGUUACUCUUUCGUUAUUAUUCCGGUAAACUACAGUUUGGCGGCCGUCAACUUCUUUGUUGGUCUCUCGGGACUCACACAACUCGGACGUAUAGCUAAUUACCGCUACAACACACCAAAACUCGUCCAAACUCCGUCGUGA